CGCGCCUAGGAAGAGCGACGGGAUGAUCCGCCAGAAGUCCAGCCAAUUCACGGUCCUGAAGAUACAGCCGGAGCGUGAACAGCCCUCAGAGCUGCAGCGGGAACCCCAGAAAGACCUCAGCUCAGUGGAUGGGUCCGUCACGCGGAUGGUAACAGGUGUGCGGACCGAGUCCAGAACCACGGCCUCGGUAGAAGCGGAUGAGGAUCCUGCAGCCAACUUGUUCCCGCCCCCGUUGCCCCAACCCCGGAUCUGCAUGUGGAAGUACCUGGAUAUCCAUUCCAUGCACAGGCUGGAGAAGACAGCCAACACUGAGGAGAUGAGGGAGGUGCUAGCUGAGCUCUUGGGGCUAAGCUGUCCUGAGCAAAGCCUGAAGGAGGCCAUCACCCUAGACCUCUUCUCCCACGCACUCAUCUUCUGCCGUCAGCAGGGCUUCUCACUGGAACAGACAUCGACAGCUUGUGCCCUGCUCCAAGAUCUUCAUAAGGCCUGUGUUGCAACCCCCUUGGGUAACGUGGAGGAAUGUUACCGCUACUUCAUCAGUGUCCUUUUUUGCCAUGGAGUCAGGCGGCCCCCCUUCAGUAUCAACCUCUUUAGGGAGGAACAGCUGCUGGCCCUGGCAGAUUAUGUGGUCAACACCUACUUUCGCCACUUUAAGCUCUACAAAUAUGUCUUCACGCCCCAGGUGCGACUGGAUCUGUCUUUGACUUACAUGGGGCUACAGCCCCCCAAGCUCUUGCCAGAGGAGGAAACAGAGAAAGGCGGCGAGGAGGUGGAGCAGGGCAUCAGCCCACAAGAGGAACCAGAAACAGGGGUCCAGCCAGAGCCGGAGCCAGAGCCAAGCCAGGUCGCCAGCCUGCAAGCCUACAUCAGGACCCAGAUGAACAAGGAGCUGAGGCAGCUCCAACAGCUGAUGGAGGAGCAGCUCCAGGCCAGCGAGGAACGGCUUAGCAGCAAGCUGACCACCCUAGAGCGGCCCUUCCAGCCACCUUCUGGCAAAGGCAAGAACAAGACCAAGUGACCCCCAGCAUUUUCCCCAAUAAAGGCCCAGGG